GGAUCGAUAAACAUUAUAACUUUGAUUGAUAAUUAAUUUUGGAUUGUAUGGCGAUUAUUUUAAUCUGAAAACAUUUCCGAUAUUAGUAUUGAUUUUAUGACGGAUUUAUCCUGAACUGAUGAUGUGAUAAAGUACAGUAUACAUUAAAGAAGUGGUACUCCAAAUAAUGGAGGUAUUAUUAUGAGUAGAAAAGUACAGAAUACAGACUCGUUUCUUUCCCCUUUCUCGAUUAACCCUGGAAUGGUUUUUGAACUUGUUUUGUUCUUCCUGGAAAACCAACAAGUUAAUAGCAAAUGAUUGAUAUGAAAUAGGCCGUCAAUGCGUUGAAACAUCAUUUACAAUAAAAAGUUACAGCCUUUGACGAAUUAUUUUCGUACAUUUCAACGCAAGGCAAGAUGUCUGUUGAUGCUGAUCACAAAAGGUUAACAAAAAAGAAAAGAAGUACGGCCAAAGGGAGAUUUUAUAGAAUAAAUGGUCGUUUACUAGAAGGAAUACAAGAUGAGUUAGGGACAAUUGUGGUUGAAAAAAUACUUCAAGAUUUGGAAACAGCAUAUACAGAACUAGAAGCAAGACAUGAGGUAUUUUUAGAAACAUUUGAUUCUGAAAGUGAAGAAGACAAACCAAAGAUAAAUGAACUUAAUCAUGAUCUAACUGGUAUGUACCGAGAACUUUGUAAAUCAAGAUCAUUGUGUGAGAAUCUAAGACAAAAGAUAAAACAUGAACAGUACAGUAAGUUAAAGGAACAAAACUCAAUGAAGCAUGCUAAGAAAAAUAAAGAUACUGAAACGUUUAGGGUAAAAAAAUUAGAGGCUCCUAUUUUUGCUGGCAGCAUUCGUGAUUAUCCAAGUUUCAAAGUGGAUUAUGAAAGACACAUGCUAUCGUCAUACGGUAAAGAUCCAUAUGCUCUGAAGCAAUGUUAAAUUGGUGAAGCAUUAACUGUCGUGAAAGGUGUUGACAAUGAUUUCGAGGAAAUGUUUCGGCGUCUUGAUAUGAAAUAUGGCAGAGCAGAGAAAUUGAUCGAUCACAUAUUAAAUGAAUUGAAAAGAUUAAAGAAUGUUCAAGAAGGUGACAACAUGAAGUUUAUUUCGGUAGUAGAAACUGUCGAGAAAUAUUGGCUUGAUUUAAAACGUAUGAACCUCGAAGCAGAGAUGAACACAGCAACUAUGGUGAGUCAGAUAGAAAAACUCCUACCGCCUAUACAAAAACGUGAAUGGGCAUUACGAAAGCAGAAGACAGAAUCGAAAAGUAUUCCACUGAGUUUCAAAGAAUUCUUAAACUUUUUAUUAGAGGAAAAAAGUGCUCUAGAGUACAUGGAGUCUGAUUUGCGUGAAUAUGGAACAGCAAAGGGAAAGAUAAAUACUUUUGAUGCAAAUGAAUCAGAAAAUGACGAGAAUAAUAAUGGUGUAGCUGUAGAUCCCUUACAAGUGCAAUUACAAGAGAACCAGCAAGUGAUGAAACAGGUUGUUGAAGGUCUUGCACAGGUAGCGCAAGAAAUGUCAAACAAACCGACAAAUCGAUACAAUUCAGACAAAUAUACCGGUACAAAUAGAAAUACAGAAGGGAAGUUUAAGUGUUGGUAUCACAAAUCAGAUAAUCAUGAAAUAGGUGAUUGUUCUAUAUUUGCGAGAUUAGAUAGUCAGACGAAGGUUGAUUUAGUGAGAAAAAAUGGUGGAUGUUUCAGUUGUCUAAAGAUAGGACAUUUGUCAAGACAUUGUCACAGCCGUAAACCUUGUGACAUACAAAAUGAGCUUCAUCAAACAUGUGGGAAAAUUCAUCACAAAAAUUUGCACACUGCACACAUGGAUGGCAUAUCCUUUCAUAACUCUUCACAAGUGAUAAACGAUGACAAGAACAAGAAUGGAGUACUAUUAAUGAUCAGUUCAGUUCAGUGUAAGGACAUGUCGUUGACAACACUUUGGGACCCUGGAGCGAACAUGUCACUGAUCACACACAAAACUGCUAAACGAUUAGGGUUAUCUGGACAAGAUAUAACAUUAUCUGUGACGAAGGUUGGAAAUGUAACCGAGCACGUACAAAGUAAAGAGUAUGUAAUACCUUUGACUGACCUUAGAGGAAAAAUAUGGACAAUAAAAGCAUAUGGCAUGGAGGAAGUUACAGCCGAGGUUGCAAGAGUUGAUAUGAGUAGAGUCAACCAACUGUUCAAAGGUAUCAACAAGAAUGACAUUCAAAGGCCAACUGGCCAAGUAGACAUAUUGAUCGGCACAGAUUGUUGUAUUUUAAUGCCCAAUAAAGAAGAACAAAUUGGAAAUCUACAGUUAAUGAGAAAUCAGUUUGGGUACUGCAUUCGUGGCAGCCAUCCACUUCUAGAAGUGCCAAAAUUGUCAAACCAUGGCAUAGUCCGUAUUUACUGGGCAUCCGGGAAAACCAUUCCUUUAAAUGAUAUUCAUGUAUUGGACAAAGACAGUAUUAAGGACAAAUAAGAUUCAUUUUUUGACAUAGAAGGACCCGGGAAACAAACCACAUUAAAAUGUUGUUCAUGUAAGUGUGUCAAAUGUGCUAUAGGACAAUCACAACACAGUAUAAGGGAGGAGAGAGAAUUAAAUAUCAUUAAAUCAGGCAUGACACAUGAUGAAGAAUCAAAAGCAAUGGAUAGUAAAUUACCCCUGGAUAAAAAAUCAAAACAACCUUCCAAAUAACGUGAAGUCAGCCGUAUCAAGACUUGGAUCUACUGAAAAACGACUACUUCGAAAUUCAUUAGAAUAUGCAAGUGCCUACGAUGAACAGAUUAUGGAUAUGGUGAAACGUGGCAUAGCAAGAAAAUUGACGAAGGAGGAGAUGGAGAUUCAUAGCGGUCCGGUACAUUACAUACCACAUCACGAGGUGUUAAAACCCGAAUCAAAGUCGACACCAUUAAGAAUUGUGUUUAACUCCUCGUCAUCUUAUAUGGGACACACUCUCAAUGACUAUUGGACGAAAGGGUCCAAUGUGAUCAAUGAUU